AUGUCCAAGGUCAAGAAGUCGACCAGGAAGUUUCAGCGGACACAGCUGUCCAGUGUCAUCAAAAGCCGCAAGCGCUAUCAGAAUGCGCCAUCCACCAUCCGUCGCAAGAAGCGUGACGCCCGCGAAGCGCGCGAAGAGCUGAAGCGCAUCAACGAGGAGGCGCGUGAGCUCCAGCGUCAGGCCGAGGAAGGCGACGAGGAGGUCGAGGAGGAGCGCGAGGACUCCUUCGACUUUGAGGAGUCCCUCACCUACAAUGGCACCCUCAAGCUGGCCUUCGCCCGGGUGAUCCCGACGCUGAAUGCCUUCCUCCAGCAGCCGAGCCCCGAGGCGGCCGAGGAGCAGGCCGCUGCUGGACGUGCCCAGCAAUCCCCCUCGGCCUCCAAUCGCUGGCGACAUGUGGCCCUCCUGGUGCAGGCCUACGGUGUUGGUUUGCUGCAGCUGCACGAGACCGCCGAGGAUGAGCCAUUGCUGGCGGAGCUGGUCCUCACGCGGGGCAUCCUCCCGGCGGUGCCCUAUCUGGCCUGCCUGCCGGCCGAGAGCCAGCAGCUUCUGCAGCAGCUCCUGAUCCUGUGGAGCCAGGGGUCCCUUUGGGCCGAUGAUGCCCCGGCCAACAAGGCCCCCGAGCCGUCCGGGUCCAUGGAGUCCAGUGGGCCGAUUCGCGAGGCAGCCUUCUUGGGCCUGCGUCAGCUGGCCCUGCGCGCGCCGUAUCCCUUCUCCGAGGGGGUCAUUUGGGGCGCGGUGGCGGCCUUCGCCCUGGGUGCCAGCCGGGACCCGGUGCGGGACAGCCUCCCGGCCGAGGCCCGGCGCUCGGUGGCCCUGGAGCGCUUCAUGCUGGACUGCAUCGGCGAGCUGGCCUCCAUCGAUCCGCACGCCUUCCAGGCAUGCCUCUACUCGAUGGCUCGAAAGCUGAUGGGCCUGCUGCGGCUGGCCGUGCGCGGGUCGGCCCUGCGCACCGGUGCCGCCACUCCCACCAAGAGCGAGGAUGUCUACCUGGUCACCUCUUCGGACCUGCGCCGGUAUCUGUUCAACUGGCGGGUCAUUGCCCUGUUCCAGGCGUGGGAGCGCGGCGUGUGUGGACUGCUGAACUUGUCGGCGGCCGGCGGCCCGGCGGGGCUGCUGGGCAACCCCGGCAAUGAGCUCGUUCGCCGUCUGAUUUUCCCCUUCGCGCAGAUUGGCCUCGGCCUGGCCGGGCUGGGUCUGCACCUGGCUCAGUUCGACCCGGCGCGGAUUCACCUGCUGCGUAGUCUGGCCGGUGUGUCGGCCGCCUCCGGGACGUUCAUCCCUGUGGCCUCGGUUUUGGUGGAUCUGCUGGCCCAUGUGAAGGGCAACAUUUCACCGGCCGAGGCCGCGGCCGCCGGGGAGCUGGGCCCCGGCCCGAACUGGGCUCGAGUCAGCUCGCUGAAGCGUUCUGGCACCGGGCUGGCUGGCACCCGGGAGGCCCCGGCUCGACUUGGCAUCCAUGUGCAAUUUGCCAAUGCCCUGGUGGAGCAGGUGGCCGAUGUGUUGCUUCUGCACUUUACUCCGGUGGCCCGGCACAUUGCCUUCCCGGAGCUGGUUGCUUCGCCAAUCCUGCCCCAGCUGAACCACUUCAUCGCGCGUGCCUCCCGGCGCGUGUCGAGCACGCGUCAUCUUGUCCAGCUUGUCACCAAGCUCGAUGAGAACCGCGCCUACAUCGAGCAUAAGCGCGCUGCCUUCGACUACAACCCCAAGGAUGUCGACAAGCUGGCGGCCUUCCUGCGGAAUGAGCGCGCCGCCGAGUCGCCGCUCUUUGCUUAUGGUCGUCUGCGUCGCUCGCAGCUGGCUGCUGAGCAAAACAAGCGCUCGCAGGCGGCUGCGGCCCCGAGUUCCAAGCGCGCGCGCCCUGCUCGCGGGGGUGUUCGCAAGGCCAAGGCCGGAAGGCCGGUGGCCAAGAUGGCCAAGGUGGCUUCUGCCUAA